AUGAAUAUCCUCUAAUAAAAAUAAACCCAAGAAAAUUAAGAAACAGUAUGCAAAAUUCACAAUCAGGAACUGAUAGCAGUUAAAAUAAAUUUAAUCAAAUAUAUAAUCUAAAUAACAGAUUAAAGAAAUAAAUAAGAAUAAUAAAUACAGUCUUAAUUUUAAAAUCUUUAGAAUUUAUUUAAUAAUUAUGAGAAUGAUUUUGAGAAAAAUAGUUAAUAAUUGAAGAAGUAUUGUAAUAUUCAAUAAUUGGAGAAUGAUUUAGUCAAUUACAUAGAAAAAAAUUAAAAUUUAGAAUUAGAAAGUAAUCUUAUUAUUAAUUUAAUAGAAACAAAAUAAUAAAUUAAAAAUAAAAGGAAAUUGAAGAAAAAAUUAGUGACAUAAAUAAGAGGAAAAGGAAAAAGAAUAUUUAAAUAUUAAAAAAUAAUUUGA